AUGGAUACAUCUCAAGAAACACUUAAAGAAAAGAUAAAAAAACAAGGCGAUCUUGUGAGAUCACUGAAGGCCGCUGGGGCCGACAAAACGGAGAUUGAUGCAGCGGGAACUCGUGAUUAUAACGAUAAAGAAAUGGCGAUCCGGGAGAAGAUCUUCUCCACGAUCACCUCUGUCUUCAAGAAACAUGGUGCAGUCACCAUAGACACACCAGUGUUUGAGUUAAAGGAGAUUUUGGCGGGAAAAUACGGCGAAGAUAGUAAAUUAAUAUACGAUCUUGAAGAUCAAGGCGGGGAGAAGUGUUCUUUGCGUUAUGAUUUAACGGUACCAUUUGCAAGGUUUUUGGCUAUGAAUGGCACGCAGUAUCCGAAUAUUAAGCGAUAUCAGAUUGCAAAAGUGUACAGAAGGGAUCAGCCUGCAAUGACUAAAGGUCGAAUGAGAGAAUUUUAUCAAUGCGAUUUUGACGUUGCCGGUGUAUAUGAUCCGAUGGUGGCUGACGCGGAAGUUGUUAGAAUAAUGUGCGAAUGUUUGACUGCACUUGACAUUGGCAAUUUCACAAUCAAGAUAAAUCAUAGGAAAUUGCUUGAUGGUAUAUUUGAAAUAUGUGGAGUACCCGAAGCCAAGAUAAGGCCAAUAUCGUCAGCUGUUGAUAAAUUAGACAAGCUACCGUGGGAAGACGUAAAGAAAGAAAUGGUGGAAGAAAAGGGAUUAGAUCCUGUAGUAGCAGAUCGCAUUGGCGAGUAUGUGAUCUUAAAAGGUGGCAAAGAACUCUUGACUCAAUUGUUGGAUAACAAAGAAUUAGUGUCUAACAAGAAUGUGAAGGCUGGCCUAGACGAUAUGAUCCUGCUGUUCCGAUACUUGGAAAUUUUCAAUGUGCUCGACAAGAUGUCUUUUGAUCUAAGUCUUGCAAGAGGUCUAGAUUACUAUACUGGUAUUAUCUAUGAAGCAGUGACGGAACAAUCAGGACAACCAAAAGCGGAAGAUGGCACAAAAAUAAGAAGAAAGGCCAGGACAGAUUCUGAUGAACUUGACGAAACGACUGUUGGGGUUGGGUCAAUUGCUGCCGGAGGUCGUUAUGACAAUCUUGUGGGAAUGUUUGCUAAUACUUCGAGCGGUGGUAUACCAUGCGUUGGUGUGAGUAUUGGAGUCGAACGUGUGUUCUCUAUAUUAUUGCAGAGAGCUCAGUUGGCUAGUGUUAAGGCAAACGAAGUCGAAGUUUAUGUGAUAUCAGUAGGAGAUGGGCUGUUAGAGGAGAGAAUGAGCGUAUGCACUGAACUCUGGGAUGCAGGCAUAAAGGCUGAAUUUAUGUAUAAGCGUAAACCUAAACUUCAAGCCCAAUUUACAGUUUGUGAUCGCGAUCAGGUUCCAUAUGCCGUUAUUAUAGGAAAAAGUGAACUAGAUCGUGGUGAAAUUAAAAUUAAAGAUAUGAGGUCAAAAGAGCAAGGAGAAGGUGGUGGCAUAGUUGUGCCCCGAUCAGAAAUGGUCGAACAAUUAAGAAAACGGUUAAGAAACUAG